GAACCGGAAGCUGUUCCGGUGUUCUCUCUCUUUCAGUGUGUAUAUGUGUAUGAUUGUAGGCUCGGCGCUACACUGACAGCUGAACGAUACGAUGUAACAGCGACGCGAGGGAAUGGAAAAACCUACCGACACAUAAACAUCGCGUGGAUUAUGCGUUGAGGACAGUCGUGACCCGCUGAUGUCUUUCCACGAGCGGGAGUGAUCGCAGAGCCCGUGUUUCAUCCCGUCAUCCGCAGCUGUUACGCCCAUCAACUGCGGAGGGGCUCCGUCGAUCGGAGCCGUUUGUUGAUCUGCUCGUACCGGGUACCGGGUGUACUCAUGGGGAACAGCACAUCAUGCUGCGUGUCGUCCAGCCCGAAGCUCCGGAGGAACGCGCACUCGAGGCUGGAGCCGUACCGGCCCGAACCGGAGCUGAGCCGCGAGGACACGGGCUGCAACCUGCAGCACAUCAGCGACAGAGAAAACAUAGACGAGCUCAACAUGGAGUACAAUCCUUCAGAUCAUCCUCGCGCCAGCACCAUCUUCCUCAGCAAGUCUCAGACUGACGUUCUUUUGCCCAACAAGAAAGUUCGGGAAAAACGGAAAAGCCUGUAUGUCAACCAUUUAACGCACAUUGCGGAGUCAAAGCAACAUCCGUCUGGUCCAAUGAGACGGAAGUACAGCUCAUGUUCGACGAUCUUCCUAGACGACAGCACCGUCAGCCAACCCAACCUCAAAUACACCAUCAAAUGUGUCGCCCUCGCAAUAUACUACCACAUAAAGAACAGAAAUGUGGACGGGCGAAUGCUGUUAGACAUUUUUGAUGAAAAGCUUCAUCCACUUUCAAAAUCGGAGGUGCCGUCAGACUACGACAAGCACGACCCGGAGCAGAAACAGAUCUACAGAUUUGUCCGAACGCUUUUCAGUGCCGCUCAGCUCACGGCCGAGUGCGCCAUAGUUACUCUGGUGUACCUGGAAAGAUUAUUAACGUAUGCAGAGAUUGAUAUUUGUCCUGCUAACUGGAAGCGGAUCGUUUUGGGUGCCAUCCUGUUGGCAUCGAAGGUGUGGGAUGAUCAGGCUGUGUGGAACGUGGACUAUUGCCAGAUCCUCAAAGACAUCACUGUGGAAGACAUGAACGAGUUGGAGCGGCAGUUUCUGGAGUUGCUGCAGUUCAAUAUUAACGUCCCAUCGAGUGUCUACGCCAAGUACUAUUUCGACUUGCGUUCGCUCUCGGAGGCGAACAACCUCAGCUUUCCCCUGGAGCCUCUCAGCAGAGAUAAAGCCCAGAAACUGGAGGCAAUAUCCAGGCUUUGUGACGACAAAUAUAAAGACUUGAGAAAAGCAGCCAAGAAACGCUCAGUGAGUGCAGAUAACCUGUCAGUGGUCAGAUGGUCACCGGCCAUCAUAUCCUAAUAACAGUGGACAUUGAAGACUUUGACGAGACACACACAUACACACUCGUGCUCAGCACCUCCACAAGACUCUUGAGCCAGAGGUUUCUGUGUCCCUGCUGGUCAGAUGGCUGCUGUAAAUACAACACAAACACACACACACACACACACACACACACACACACACACACACACAAACACACACACACACACACACACACACACACACACACACACACACACACACACACAAAGAUCACUUUCCAACCUGUGGCUUAGAGGACAGAGGGAGAGGAAAACGAGGGAGAAACCCCCCCAAAAGACGCCUGUGACUGGAAAAGCAUUCCUUCAACUGUGUCAUUACGUGUUUGCCAUUCUAGGUGAGGAAGUUUCGAAAACGUGUUUCUUGAUCUUGUAAGGUUAAAAAGGAUGCAUCAAGAUGGCCAAAAAAACAAACCACAACCAUGUCUUUAUGAGAUAAACAUUCCUUUAAAGUAUUUCCCUCCAAAAUGGCUGUGAGCUAAUGGAAUUAUCACCAUUGUAGUCAUUCAUACGGUUAUUUAUCUUUUUUUUGUUUUGUUAUUAUUAUUUUUUUAUUUAAUACAUCCUUUGUGACAGUUUACUAAUCUUUAACGAUCCAAUUAGGAAAAUGCAUAAUUUGGACGUCUGUUUAGUCUGAUUUAUUUUAUUAAAUUUAUUUGUACCAAAA